AUGGAAGCUGAAGAGAGAAAACGAAAGCAUUCCGAGUCUUCUGGAGACAUCAAUAAUAUCAAUUUCAACAUCAGCUUGGGGAAAGACUUCCAAGGACUCUUGGGCGGUGUCAAUCCUUCCGACAGCCAGUCGCCAGCCAAGAAAGCCAAGACAGGACCGUCAAAGCCAACUAAAAGGAAGACUGAGGAAUUUGGAUCUUCAAAGCCAUCAAAGAAGGCUACUGAGCUGGGAUUCGAGGAACCGUUGUCCCAAGCAAGAAAGAUCCCAGCAAAGGUCUACGACCCAUUCAGUCUAGCAGAAGGAGACCUGCCAUACCCGUCUAAUACGAACAUAGGAGCUGCUGAAGAGAUAUCACUAGCUGGACAGAAGCCUAUCCUCGCGAGAGCCAAGCGAAAAUUGAAAGUUGAGGGUACAACGCAAACUGGGAAGGAAGUCGGCGUUGGAAAAGAAUUAAAUGCCAGAAAGGAAGCCAGGGUGAAGAAAGAGCUCGGUGCUAAGCCUUUAUCCAAGAUCAAACAUGGGCUCGACGCGGACUAA